UGCCAAUUUAACUUGAAUCGCUACUCGUAUGUUUGGCGUGUAGAAAAAAUAACACCUUUAUUCACAUACUGAAUAUUUUGGAAUGUCUUCAAAAAGCUUCAGUGAGCUUGGUAUAUGUAGUGAAAUAUGUGAAGUUAUUUCAACUCUUGGCUGGAAAAGUCCUUCUGAAAUACAAUUGAAGGCUAUUCCAGCUGCUCUACGCAAAAAAGAUAUAGUUGGACUUGCAGAAACUGGAUCAGGAAAAACUGCAGCUUUUGCUAUACCAAUUUUACAAGAUUUAUUAUUGAAACCUAGACAUAAUUUUGCUUUGGUUCUAACGCCAACAAGAGAGUUAGCCCUACAAAUCAAGAGUCUAUUCAUGGAAUUGGGUGAAAAAUUUGGUCUGAAGGUGGUUUGUCUAGUCGGUGGUCAACAUGCUGAAGAUCAGGUGCGUGAUUUGAAAAGGCUUAAAUUUCAUGUGAUUGUUGGUACACCUGGUCGAGUUGUCUAUCAUCUUGAGAAUACCAAAGAACUACGCCUAAAUCAUGUUAGAUACUUCGUCCUUGAUGAAGCAGAUCAAAUGUUAGAGGAUACAUUUGAAGAACAAUUGGCGUUUAUCAUGACAAAACUUCAUCCAAAUCACCAGACAUUUUUAUAUUCAGCUACAAUGACGCAUAAUGUGGAAAAAAUACAAAAAGUUUGCACUAAAUCACCAGUUACGUUUGAAGUCAGCUCUAAAUAUGCUAAAGUUGAUAAAUUGGAUCAUGCCUUUGUUUUUCUCCCAGAUAAAGAAAGAGAUUUUUAUCUGAUUUACUUACUAUUAAUAUCAUGUAAGAGUGGAGAAAACAGUCGAUCAAUAAUAUUCACAAGUACAUGGAGAGAAUCGUUCCGUAUAGUGGCAAUUCUUAAAACUUUAGCUGAUGUCAUCGGUGCCAAUUCAGCACCGCUAAAUGGAGCUAUGCAACAGGAUAAACGUCAGUCAUCAUUAUUCGAUUUCCGUACUGGUCGUGUUUCAAUACUCGUAGCUACUGAUCUAGCCUCCAGAGGUUUAGAUUUUCCAGAUGUUGAUCUUGUUAUCAAUUAUGAUGUUCCACGUCGACCAUCAUGGUCUGAUUCAGCUAAAGCGUAUAUUCAUCGCGUUGGGAGAACUGCUCGUGCUGGCCGACAUGGACGUGCUGUCACACUAGUCACUCCGUAUUCAGUAACACGUCUUAAAGCGAUAGAAUCAGCAUUGGGUGAAAAAAUCCCUCAACUUCCUUGGCCAGGUAUGGAUUGUGUAAAUUCACAGUUAAGACAACAGAUUAUACAAGCGGAUAAAGAUUCUCGAUCAAAAUUACGUGAAAGAGAAAAGAAGAAACAAAAUAAGAAGAAAAAACGAAUCAAUGCACCAAAUAAUGAAGGAAUGCCGGGAGCAGCAGCUAAAAGGCAGCGUAAAUCGAGAGAAGUAGACUCCGAUGAAUUGAACAGUGGAUCAGAAUAAUACCUAAUCUCUAUAUUCUUGCUUUGAUUUCAAUCCUUUUGUACAUAUUAAACUGCAAAACGACGAUUUUCUUUCGAAAAGAAUAAAUUGUGCAAAUGU